GCAUCUUGCACCAGGACGCCUCUCACAGGCGCUCCCCUCACAUUCACUCGGAAUGUAGUUCCUCAACUCAUCCGCCGUCCUCGAUGGACCGCCUUGCUCAAUGCGCCUGGACUUUCCCGCCUGUCAAGCAGCGUUGCGAAACCCAAUGCCCCCUCUAAGCUCAGACUCCGCGAGUACAUCAACGUUUUCCACGCCGGCAGUCCCGCAAUCUCCACGAUCGGUCUGAUCCGCAUUACCGGAAUCAUAAUCGCUGCAGUCGGCUGCAUUCCCUACCCAGUCAUGUUCUACAUGUCGCCCGACCAUUCCAACUGGUGGAUUCCCGCCCUCAUCCUCGCCUCUCCAAUACCACUCCUCGUCAUGCUCUUCACCACCGGACCGUUCAUACACUCGAUCCAAGUCAAGCUGCCCGCCUCAGCCCGAACGUCGAAGGAAGCAUUGAAAGCGUUCGCUGAACGUCCGAAUGCGGAUACGAUUCUACGAUUCCAUUACAUGAAGCUCUGGCCGUGGCCCACGAGUAAAGAGAUCCCCUUCGGGCGUCUGAGGAGAAUCAAGCCGAGUCUGAAAGCGGGGUGGGCGAAUUUGGAGUGGGUGAGCGAGAAUGCAGCUGAGCAUAGCAAAUACCAAGACAAGUUGUGGUAUGAGAUGGCGCAGGGGGCCUUCCAGAGAAAGUACUAUGUCAAUCGUGAUCAGAAGACGGAUCGCGGGGCGGUGCCGGGGGUGUGGAAUGAGAUGUGGAAGCAGAUUCCGAUGAAGGGGUCGAGGGAGGACCCUAUGGUGGCUGCGAGGUCAAGGAGACCGGUCACGCUGAGUGGGAGACCGGGGAAGAAGCUGUGAGAGGCAUGAUGCCGGUCGGUGCAGAAGCGUAUGCUCUUUGGGUAGAUUCAAGCUAUCAAAGAUGCUAUGUUUGUCCCAACCGCAGGCCAUCGGCCGAUUUCAUUCCUCAGCUGGCUCAGUCUUGAUCACGCCGCCACGUGCGAACCCCGACACGACAUCCUCCUCGAUAUGCUCGUGCUUCACAAGAUCAGAAAACGCACCUGCUUCGACAGUCGUCUGGAACCACCGAUCAAGUAUCUCCUCCACUCCAAAUCGCGUCUUCUCUUG